CAGCAGGAGCGGCGGCAGCGGCAGCAGCAGCAGCAAAGCGACGGCAGCGGCCCAAGGAGACAGCAACCACCCAAGGAGACCCAGUGGAGGUGCGCUCGGCUGUGCUUGAGCCCUUCCACCCGCUGCAAGCAUGAAGGACAGCGGGGACUCCAAGGACCAGCAACUCAUGGUGGCGCUCAGGGUCCGGCCCAUCAGUGUGGCAGAGCUGGAGGAAGGAGCCACCCUCAUUGCCCACAAGGUGGAUGAGCAGAUGGUGGUUCUCAUGGACCCAAUGGAGGACCCUGACGACAUUCUGCGGGCACACCGCUCCCGGGAGAAGUCCUACCUCUUUGAUGUGGCCUUUGACUUCACUGCCACCCAGGAGAUGGUGUACCAGGCUACCACCAAGGGCCUCAUAGAAGGCGUCAUCUCAGGCUAUAAUGCCACUGUCUUUGCCUAUGGUCCUACAGGCUGUGGGAAAACUUACACCAUGCUGGGUACUGACCAUGAGCCGGGCAUCUAUGUUCGGACCCUCAAUGACCUCUUCCGUGCAAUCGAGGAGACCAGCAGUGACAUGGAAUAUGAGGUGUCCAUGUCUUACCUGGAGAUCUACAAUGAGAUGAUCCGGGACCUCCUCAACCCCACCCUGGGGUACCUGGAGCUGAGGGAGGACUCCAAAGGAGCCAUCCAGGUUGCCGGAAUCACCGAGGUCUCCACCAUCAAUGCCAACGAGGUCAUGCAGCUGCUGAUGAAGGGGAACCAGCAGAGGACCCAAGAGCCCACAGCUGCCAACCAGACAUCCUCGCGCUCCCAUGCUGUGCUGCAGGUGGCCGUGCGCCAGCGCAGCCGGAUCAAGAGCAUCAUGCAGGAGGUGCGGCAGGGCCGCCUGUUCAUGAUCGACCUGGCCGGCUCUGAGCGUGCCUCCCAGACACAGAACCGUGGGCAGCGCAUGAAGGAGGGGGCCCACAUCAACCGCUCCCUGCUGGCCCUGGGCAACUGCAUCAAUGCACUGAGUGACAAGGGCAGCAACAAAUAUGUCAACUACCGGGACAGCAAGCUCACCAGGCUCCUCAAGGACUCACUGGGGGGGAACAGCCGCACUGUGAUGAUCGCCCACAUCAGCCCAGCAAGCACAGCCUUUGAGGAGUCCCGGAACACCCUGACCUAUGCCGGCCGGGCCAAGAACAUUAAGACAAGGGUGAAGCAGAAUUUACUUAACGUUUCCUAUCACAUCGCGCAGUACACUAGUAUCAUUGAGGACCUGCGGGGUGAGAUCCAGAGGCUCAAGGGCAAGAUCAAACAACAGGCUGGGUGGGGCCCAGCCCCAGGCCCGCUGGAGCGGGGUGACAUCCGACACAUCCAAGCCGAAGUGCAGCAGCAGGGUGAGCAAGCAGAAAUGAGGGUACUGCAUGCACAGCUCACUAGAGCUUUCCAGGAGCAGACGGAUGUGCGCAGGCGCCUGCUAGAGCUGGAGAAGCGGGCCGGGGAGAUCGAGAUCGAGAUGGAGACCUCUUGCCACUUGCUCACCAUUGCUGGUUGGAAGCGUAAGAAAAGGCGUGGAGCCCUCAAAUGGUGCAAGGAGCUGAGGAAGGAGUCCUACACCAAGGAUGACAGUGAGAAAGACUCAGACACAGGCAGUGACGCACCAGAUGACGUAGAGCCACCUGAAGUGGCCUCAGCCCGGGAAAGCCUCACUGCCCUGGUGGACGAGCAGAGGAAGCUGCACAAGGAGAAGUUGGUGUUGCAGCAGCGCUGCCGGCAGGAGCUGCGCACACGGUGCCGGUGCCUGGAGGAGACGCUGCUGCGGCUCAUUGGCUCCGAGAAGCAGCGUGAGGUGCUCAGUUUGCUGUGCUGGGUACAUGAACUCGAGAUGGAGAACACCGAGAUGCAGUCACAGGGGCUGCUUCGCGUCUGCGACAAGAUCAUCCAGGCCCAGAGGCAGCUCAUCGAUGAUUACAACCUGCCAGUCCCCCAGCACCUAGAGAACCUCUGCGAAGUGUACCUGCAAGAGCAGGAGGAGGGUGGCCUGGAGCAGGCCACCGUCAUGGGCCGAGUGGCCUCCAGGGCCCUGAAGGACAGUUUCUUGCCCCAAAUUAUCCCAGUGGAAGUCACACUGACCUCAGACUCUGACCCAGAGAGCGUGAACACAUUGCAUUCUGAAGCCCAGCACCUGCAGAACACCACCCUACCCCCCAUCACUAUGGAGAGCCUCUCUCCUGGGAGGGCCGACCUCAGUGCCACCAGCCUGGUCAACAGCCACCCAUCCUCAUCUGCCAUCAUCAGUAAAGCGCCCCUUGCCUCCAAGACCAGACCCCGGGCUUGGCCAGCAAAGAGCUCCUCUGUGCCCAUCCCACCUCCCAUCCCCGUUGGCAGCCUGGUGACCCAGGAGGCCCCACCCUCAGACAGCCUGGGCUGCCAGAUCCACUCUUCCCCCGCCAGCAGUGAGAAUCUGUCUGAGAUCCCCUUGUCCCAGAAAGAGGGAAAGGAGAUCCUGACCGGCACCAAGUCCAUUUCAGUGAAGGCUGCCCGGCGGCGCUCACGGGCCCUGGCCAGAGAGGGGCGCCAUCUGCUGGCCCCUGCCACAGAGCGCAGCAGCCUGUCCCUAAACUCACUGAGCGAGGCUGAUGAUGCAGGGCCGCCCAGCCUCACGCUGCACCGCGCAGCCAGCGAGGACAACCUGUCCAGCAGCACGAGCGAGGCCCCCUCCCAGGCGAUCAGGCAGCAAGGUGACGGCCCUGGGCCCUGGCUGCGUGGCCAGAAGAAAAGCACAGACAAGAAGAGAGAGGAGUCACUGGAGGCAAAGAAGAGGAAGCGAAGGUCCCUUGAGGUCGCAGGGCAAGGGGCUGUCACUGUAGCUGGGACAGAGGCCUACACAGCUCAUGGCGUCACCUCACUCACUGUUCUCCAACCAACGCAGCUGUCCCGCCCCAAGACACACGUCCACCAUCCCCCGGAGAGCACAUCGGACCACAAGGUGCCAGCAUGCAGGCACCCAGCACCCAAUAACCAGCACCUGGGAAAGGUUGUGCUGCCUUUGGCCAAAAUCAGACUUCCUCCAAGCGAGGGCACCGGCUCUGGGGACACCUUACCCCUUAUUGUUACCUCCAACACAGCUGGCAUUUCCCGACGACCUACUCAUGGGCCUCGCCUACCCCAUGGCUCGAGCACCCACUGCAAAGAGGGGCCCUUCCGACAUAAUUGAGGAGCUCUGCCUGGAACCAGCUAUUCUGCUCCCGAGACUGAAUGGGGUGUAGCUGGGAACGGGAAAUGGAAGGUGGGCAGAUGGGGAUCACAUGGGAACAGGAACUCAGAAGCUCAAAAAGCCAGGGCUCCUGAAACCCAGAAACUGUGGGGGUGUCUGCCCAGCCCCUCCAUGCUUUCACUGUCAGGGAGAAGGCGGUAAGCCCAAGAGGCACAGCCUUCACCCUGGACGCAGUACUAUUGCCAAAACCCUGCACAGACCUGCGGCCAGUCUCAGCCCUGGCAGUGGGGCAGGGAGCUGUAAGCAGACCGAGCUCCUGGGCCCACACCUGGGCCAAGGGAAUGGUGGGUCACCGGAGAAAGGGCUGAGGGGCCUUCACACAGGAUGAGGUGGCGUGGGGAGGGAAUCUGGGUUUGCUACUUUGCAAUGGCUUUUCCUCCUUCCUUUUUAAUAAUAAAAUCUCAUUUGUGUUUUCA